UGGCAGCGCCCCCUGCAGGAACAGACGGGGGAUGUCACUCAGGCUUUGUCGGUAAAUAUUUACAGUCUGGGUUCUUAUCCCUCAGACUUUGUGUUUAAACUUGUUGUGCAAAGAGCAAGGAGUAAAACACACCUGAAGAGACAAAAUCAUCCUAUAGGGGGAGCACUUUGAAAUUCAGUAAUUGUGACUAAAGAUGAUUUAUUUUUUAGAUUCUCCUGAUGGAUUUCUAAGUGACUUCAACUUUGUGUGUGUGUGUGUGUGUGUGUGUGUGUGUACUCAGGGACAUGCUGAUCACAGACCUGGCAGCCUCGUUAACCUUUGCAGAGCUGUGUGUGGAGGUGAGAGGGAUGUGCAGCAUUGCCAGGCAGCAGCCCAUCACACUGAAGUGGAUCGAUGAUGAAGGGGACCCUUGUACGAUCUCAUCUCAGAUGGAGCUGGAGGAGGCUUUUCGUAUCUACAACCGGACCAAGAAGUCUGGACUGCUGCUGCACGUGUUCCCCAGUAUCCCGGAGCGCCCGGGCAUGCCCUGCCCCGGAGAGGACAGUGAGUACAGCAGCUCUCUGUUUUCCCUCUCUGACCUCUCUCUUUAGAGCUCCUAAUCACAAGCAGACUGCUGAUGCUGUGUCGUCAUGGCAACACGAGUUAAAGCAGGUGAAGCUUGUACUGUAUGUACCUGCCACCGGGCUGUGGUGUGAG